AUGAGGGGUCACGUGGCAAGAGGAACGCGUCCUCCGAGUCCGAGCCAGCCUAAUGCGACACCACUGCCCGUCGGAUACCACGAUGCUCCCCGCUCUAUAACGCACCUCUCACACCGUCUAACCUCCUAUUUUGCGAUGCUCACGUCCAACUUUCACUCGCCUUUAAUCCCCGCCACCACUCAUAUCUCCCCCGCCGUCGGCCCAGAGCUCCCCGAGCUGCCCAACCUCCCUCGAAUAAAUAAGGCCACUCUUGCUGGAAUAGUGAUUGCUAUCUCCGGAAAUGUUGUCAUCUCUUUGGCACUGAACUGCCAAAAACUGGCGCAUAAGAAGCUGGAACAGAGACGCCAAUUGCGCAGACAAGACCAGUCUACAAAUCGUACUAUUAGGAACGGGAACGGCCAGCAAGACCCAUGCACGAGACGUAGAGGCGCCACACACGAAGUAGAAUCCGAUGAUGCACAUGGGCCACCUAUUCCCGCCGUCGCACUCGUAGAGACGGAGCCGCUGCUACGUCCGCGAAACGGGGAGACCUCAGAUAGUUACGGAUCUGAAUCAGGUCGAACCCGUCAGAAAAAGAAGAGGUCGCUGUUCUCGACACUAUCCGUGUUCCGCGAAGACGACGAGGCUCCGCGUGAUGCAGACGCGGCUUACUCUCGGACAACUCAUGCCCUGCUGCCUGUGGACAUCGUACCACCACGCUCAAGCGAUCAGCGAGACAAUCGCAGAAGCUCAAAUCAUGGUCUCCUAAAGGAGAGCGAGAAAGAUGCCAGCGAGGGCGAUUACUUGCGAUCCAAGUUAUGGUGGCUUGGAUUCAUCCUCAUGAAUAUUGGCGAGCUAGGCAAUUUCAUAUCUUAUGCAUUUGCACCUGCCUCCGUAGUCGCACCCCUAGGUACAUUUGCUCUUAUUGCUAAUUGCAUUUUCGCUCCUCUUAUGCUUAAGGAACGCUUCCACAAACGCGAUUUCCUCGGAAUCCUCAUUGCUGUCGUCGGUGCAGUCACUGUGGUCCUAUCCUCAAAUCCUUCGGAUCAGCGAUUAGAUCCACAAGGGCUCGUUCAUGCUGUGACACGACGUCCCUUCAUCAUUUAUACUGGUAUUUAUAUUGCAGGCGCGGUGUUCCUUUCUUACCUUUCGGAACGUACAACCGGUAAAAAGUGGGUGUAUGUUGAUGUCGGACUCUGCGCGCUGUUUGGAGGUUUCACUGUUCUAUCGACAAAGGCAAUAUCCACCUUGCUCACACUAGAAUGGUUUGACAUGUUCACGGAAUGGAUUACAUACCCCACUAUUGCUAUAUUGCUUGGUACUGGCAUCGGCCAAAUUAGAUAUUUGAACCGCGCUCUUAUGCGUUUUGACAGUAAGAUUGUUGUCCCAACUCAAUUUGUAAUGUUCAAUCUAUCCGCUAUCGUUGGCUCAGCCAUUAUGUAUGACGACUUCGCCCAAGCUACCUUUCACCAAAUCGUGACAUUCCUGUACGGUUGCGCUGCAACCUUUGCUGGUGUAUUUAUGAUUGCGUGGGCUUCAUCUGUCGAUGGUGCACCUGAAGAUGGCAGCAUAACCGGGGAUGGCUUGUCGGAUGUUGAUGACGCCUCCGUCAUUGGAUCUCGACCCGGAAGCUUAUCCAGAGGAAAUCGAUUGAAGCUGGUUCUUCCAGACGGUACUGCACCGACUCCAAUUCUGCGAUCGAAGCGAAGCUUAGUGAGCAUGUAUGGACUGUCCCCUGCCCAGCGUGCUCUCCUGUUGAACCCCUCACCUCGAGAUGAAGUCCCUCGGCCUCACUCCCAAGACCCAGAACGCCAACUGCUAUCGACGCCUGACUCGUUUAGUCGUCGAAGGACUAUCAGCUGGCUCGGCGAGGAAGCUGCAUUGCCGCGGAAGAUCUUGGGCUCACCCAAUGCCGGGACAAGGGAAAACAGCCGGCUACGUGCUCAGAGCACGGCGGCAGAUAGAAGUGCAAGUCAGGAUCAAACUUAA